AAAUUGACCUCCAGAGAUUCUCUUUCCUGAAGACAUCCUCCAAAAGACAAGAGGAAAGUUUGCCUUUUCUGCUCCCUUCUUGGAAAGAUGCAAAGUGCUUUAGUAGGCUCCUGGCACAACAAUGGCUUCUAUGGGCACUACAGAAGCCAAUUCAAGAGUGAAAGUGCUAGAGAAUACCGCCUUGCAGCCAAGCCCCAGCCUCCAGCAGUGUUCCUGCAGCGAUGUCAGGAGCCGGCGCAGCAACACUUCUUCUCCAAGCACGACAACCGUACUUCCUUUGACAAAGGUCCCUACUGCCUGCUGCAGGGAAUCGGAAGGCGGAAGGACCUGGAGCGGCUGUGGCAGCGGCACACCUUCCUGCGCUGGGCACCCUGUGAGAUAGAGUUGCGCCAGCAGGGGCCCCUGGAAUCUUCUUACCAGGCUGAUUUCCGACCAGGCUCAGGACUCAGUGGCCUCCCCCAGCGCCUCGUCCACUUUGUGCAGGUCCAGCCUUCCCAUACCAGGACCACCUACCAGCAGAACUUCUGCUACCCAUCCCAGGGUGGCCACUGUGGCAGCUACAAGGUAGGGUCCCAGGCGCCGGUCACUGACAUACUGCCUGACCUCCCAGGGAUCCCAAGACCCAAGCUGCUGCAGCACUACCUUCAUGCUGGGGUCUCUGAGUGUCUAAACGGUCCAGAGCAUUAAACAAGGACAGCUGACACAUUGUCUGUGUUUGCAGCCCACAAUGGGAUGCAGCCCAAGAGGCUGAAAGGUAGUAGUGGGCUGCCAGGUCCUGUGCCUGUCUCCCAUGGCACUUGUGCCCAUGGUGUGUUUGUGUGCUGGGCGUGAGAGUUGCUGCUCUGGGAUCCCUGCCACUAAGUGAGAAAGGGUAAGGCCUGCAGGAGGCUAAGAGUCCAGGAGGAUUGCCAUAGCCACAGCAGGUGGGUUCCAGGGCCCCAAGUACUGCUCUGUUCUUGCAGUAAACCCAGCUAUAGAGAGGAAGAUUAGAGGGCAGU